CACACGCCCCACUGCACUACAGCUACAUCCUUCCUCGAUCUAGAUCACAUCUCAGAGAUCUUCUAGCCCCGCGAACCUACACUCUCCUGAAUUCCAUUCAUUCGUUGAGUUAAACACACAAGACAAUGGCAGAUGUACUCGCAGAAAAAGCUAAGCUGGCUGAACAAGCUGAGAGAUAUGAAGAUAUGGCUAAGUUUAUGAAAGAGCUAGCUGAGAAAAAGCGUGAGUUCAACACUGAGGAGCGUAACCUGCUGUCUGUAGCCUACAAGAACGUAGUGGGGGCAAAGAGAACCGCUUGGAGGGUGUUGUCUGCCAUUGAAAGGAAGGAAGAAAACAGCACGGAGAAGACGGACCUGAUCAAAGAGUACAGACAGAAGAUUGAGAAAGAACUUGAAGACAUUUGCGAUGAGGUCGUGAGCCUACUAGAGACGUGCCUCAUUGUUGGUGACCAAGAAACUGACGAAGUUGCGGUUAUUGAGAACAAAGUGUUCUACUUGAAAAUGAAGGCUGACUACUACCGCUAUCUGUCCGAGAUACGCACACCCAACGUAACGGAACAUAUCAAAAAAUCAGAGCAAGCCUAUAAAGAUGCUCAAACAGCAGCAGAGAAGUUAAAGCCAACUCACCCGAUCAGACUUGGUCUUGCUCUUAAUUUCUCUGUGUUCUACUACGAGAUACAAGACGAACCUGACAAAGCUACAGCAUUGGCCAAGAAAGCUUUCGAUGAGGCAAUUUCAGAGAUGGAUUCAUUAGAAGACAGUUCUUACAAGGACAGUACCUUGAUUAUGCAGCUGCUCCGGGACAAUCUGGCUUUGUGGAACAGCAGUGGCAAUGACGAAGAUGAGGAACAAUGAGAUAAUGAACACAUAAUUAUUAGCUAGUGCUAAAUAUCUUUAUAGCUAGAAAUUACGAAAUGAUUGAAGUACACUAAUUCCUUUUUAUGAUCUUUAUUAUUGAAAUUUUAUGUGAAA